UGGGCUUUGCUGUCUUGACAUGUUUCCCAGGAGACUCUGGGAAAUGCAGAAGCAGAGUCUCCAACAGCAGCUGCAGGCCCCAGGGCUACGUACCUGCUUGCAGAGUUUUGGUCCCGAGAGGCAGGCUGUGUGCUCAGACUUGACCAUGUUUGGGCAUGGAGGCUCAACCCAGAUGGGACGAGAGGUUGCUUCCCUGGAGACUGGCUGGGAGACCAAACUUCCUGCUUCAGUUCCAAGGCCUGACUUAGGGUGGGGGUGGGGGACUGGGCAGAGAGAAACCAUCUGCAACCGAAGACCCACAGGGCCCAGGGAACUAAAUGAUUGCUGCCCCCAGUGGCCAUGGUGAAGAAGCUGGUGAUGGCCCAGAAGCGGGGAGAGACAAGAGCCCUCUGCCUGGGGGUAGCCAUGGUGGUGUGCGCCGUCAUCACCUACUACAUCCUGGGUACCACUGUGCUUCCCCUCUACCAGAAAAGUGUGUGGACCCAGGAAUCUACCUGUCACCUGAUUGAAACCAACAUCAGGGACCAUGAGGAGCUGGAGGGCAAGAAGGUGCCUCAGUACCCAUGCCUAUGGGUCAAUGUAUCAGCUGUGGGCAAAUGGGCCAUGCUGUACCACACAGAGGACACUCGGGAUCAGAACCAACAGUGCUCCUACAUUCCCACCAACCUGGACAACUACCAGAUGGCCCGGGCCGACGUGGAGAAGGUCAGAGCCAAAUUCCAGGAGCACCAGGUUUUCUACUGCUUCUCUGCACCUCGAGUAAACGAGACCAGUGUCCUGUACCAGCGCCUGUAUGGGCCCCAGACCCUCCUCUUCUCCCUCUUCUGGCCCACCUUCCUGCUGACUGGUGGCUUCCUCAUUAUUGCCAUGGUGAAGCUUAACCGGUCCCUCUCCAUUCUGGCAGCUCAGAAGUAGACCGUAGACGGACCCACUCUACAUAAGGCAUGCUUGCGAGUCACCAGGGACAGAGGGAGGAAGUGAGCAAGGCUGCUCCUCCUUCAAAUACAUGUCUCCUCUUUUAUUCACCUGAUACCUUUGUGAAGUCAUUUCCUGCUCAAGAAUGUUUAAUAGCUCCCUGGCAUCUUUGAAGGACGAAAGGUCAGUCAGCCAGUUACAGUUCCCCACUAUCUGUCCUCAAUCGACUCAUAUCUGUUAUCCAUUAUGUCACUACCCCUCAAAAUGAUGAAGAUUGUCACCGGUGUUCCAAUGUUUUCUCUUGGCUCAAGAGCCUGCCUAUCCAACCUAGGAUGCUACCUUUGGCAAACUUCAGCUUCUUUUUCAAAUUCUAGGAUAUAAACAAUAGCUCUCAUUUACGGGGCACACUUAGUAUAUUACUUUUUAUAAAGGACAUUAAGUCACAUAUGCAUAUUAUUCUAAAAUACUGUUGUGCCUUGGCAUCCAUGGGGGAUCAGUUCUAAGACUCCCUCAGAUGCCAAAAUGUACAGAUGCUGAGGUCUCUUACACAAACCAGUGCAAUGUCUGUAUGGAGUCUCCGCAUACCUUCCCGUGUGCCUUACACCAUCCCAGAUGAUUAGUAACACCCACUACAAUGUCAAUGCUGUGUUAAUAGUUACAAUUUUGUUUUGUUUAGGGAAUAAUGACCUGAGAAAGUCUGUCCCUAUUCAAUGCAGAUGCAACAUUUUCCCUGGAAAUGCUUUCAAUUGGCAGUUGAUUGCAUCUAAUGGUGCAGAACCCGUUGAUGCAGAGGCCGAACCUAAAUAUGCAGAAUAACAGAAGUUUAUGAGGAAAUAAACCAGUACACAUCAAAAUGUUACCCACGGGAUGCUGGUUGACUUUAAUUUUCCUCCUUACUCUUCCUUUUGUUUUUGGUUCUUGUCUCAAAUUUCAGUAAUAGGAAGAUUGUGUACUGUUUUUUUUUUGCUUUUAAUUGGAAAGGAAAAGAUGUUAUUUUGGAAAAAGUUAAAAGGGGGCCACCCUCAAUGAGAUGAGGGUGGGCUGGGAGGGGCUGUUUCUCCUGUCAGAGGCAAGCUGAGGGGACCCAGUGUUAGGCUCCUUAGACACAUAGGAAAGGCACUCACACGAGGACUUGUGGUUUACCUUGAAAGUCACCUUUUGGCACUGAGCCCGACGCAUAAGCAUGUCUUAGAUUUGAAAAAGGUAAAAUUGGAUGGAGCGUGAGUGACCAUCACCACUGCCUGCCACUGUGAUUUCAAUGUGUCCCCUAUAAACACAAGUGUUGGAAAUUAAUCCCAAAUUCUGAUGUUAAGGGCAUUUAGAGGUGGACCAUUUGGAGAUGAUUAGGGUUAGAUGAGGUCUUGAGAGUGGGCCCAGAUGAUAGCACUAGCAUCUUUAUAAUGACAGAAGAGAGACGGGAGUUAACAUGUUGCUCUGCCUCACCUUGCAAUGCCCUUCACCACAUGGAUGCCACGGGGCCAGGUGAAGAACACCAUGUCAUCCCUGCAAUGGAUCUGAUACUCCUCCCAGGGAGCCCCAAUACAUGCUUGAACCCUUCAGUUUCUUAUCUGCAAACUUUCCUUUCAAGGGCAAGUAGCUUGCCAUUCCCUACGGCUUCUCCCCUUUGGGGUCAGCAAAGUCCCAUGGAGUCUUCGAAGAAAGUCCAGUUGUGUUGUUGCACUAUAGUUUACAAAAUGCUACUAUUGGGGGAAAUUCAGUAAAGGGUAGGCAUGAUCUCUCUGUAUUAUUUCUUACAAGUACAUGUAAAUCUACAAUUAUCCCCCCAGUAUAAGUUUAAUUUUAAAAGAGAAAGGAAAGGUCCCAACAAGAAGUCUGAUUUUAAGGGGUCACUUUGCACAGGCUUCUGUGUACCUACAUUUGGGACAAAAACUCAGAAUAUCCAAAUAGCCCUUGCAGGAAGAAAGGGUUUGUCCUUUCAGAAAAAUUAGUAUCUGGAGAUGCCUAGCCUCCGUUGCCCCAUGCAUUAGUAGUAACUCCCUUCAUCUACCUGGGGAAAAAAUGUUCUCCACCUGUGAACAGGGCCCGGCCUACUUCUAUCAAAUACCACACCUGUCUGUGCUCAUUGAACUGCAUGCAGAGGAUGAGCAUGAAAUAAUGGGCAUCUAAGCGUGAUGAAGUUAGACAUGGAGGAGGAAAGGUGAUCUUGGCAACAGUGGCCGUCUGGGAGCAGAGAGCCCUCACUGGUUCUUAGUAGGCUGCUGAUAAUAAGCACCAAGUAUUGACUCUCAGGGACCAAUGACUCACACUUGCAGGGAUACAUGUAGCCCACUCCUCCAGGUGCUCCCCCACAAAGAAAUCAGACCACCUUGUGGAGAUCAGAGACAAAGAGACCUCUGAGAUUCUGACUUGGGGUAGAAAGGACCCUUGUGGGAUAUUCUAAUAAUACUCAGCCUCUGCUUGCUAGCCAAGGCUAUAACUAGAGAAAGUGGGUUCCUCCCAUUUUUGAAGGUCUCAAGGGCAAAAUCUCGCAUGCUUUUCAUGAAAUAUCUGCUCUCUGUAAACCUGGAAGUCUAGGGAGGGCAGAAAGAUGAAUCAGAUACUUGCCUUCAAGGAACUGCCUCCCCUUUUAACCACCCGGCUUCUGCCCCCACUACCACCAUUAUUAAAGUUCCUUCUUCACAGUGAAGAACCUGAAUUAUGCACAUUAAAAUCAUGCAAUACAAAUUUAAAUUUUUUGUGACUUAUUGAAAUGAUGCCUGUUCUCCCUCUCUAAAUCAACAGGUCCCACUCCAAGCUUCUCCUGGUGUUCUUCCCUUAAGUUAGCCAGUUACAAAGUACAUCAACGCCAUUGCCAACUAGCAAGGCAUGCUGGUCUUAAGACUGUCCAGUGCCCUUUAAGUUCAUCUUAUUCUCGAAGGAAUUUGAAUUUUAUGAAAUAUUCAGAACGAUACUGUUUGAGAGAAGUGCAGCUGUCCUGUCUUUCACUAGUCACUGUCUUUUCAUAAGCAGAUAGAAAAGAACCAUCAAGCCCAGGUGAGACACAGAGAUUGUUCCUAGAGUCUAGGGCUGCAACCCUCAAAGUGGAGACCUCCAGGGCCACAACUCCUGUGUAAGGAUGUUAAGAUGUAAAUCACAUCUCUUCUCAUGUUCUUAAGAAUAUAUGACAAAGUUUUUCAGAUGGAGGUUGUGUGACAUACACUGUCACAGCAGGUUGACUGCAGAAAUAGCUACGGAAUUCCACCUGCUUUAUUAUAUUUCAAAACUGUAAAACCAUGAGACUUCCAUCAAUAACAAUGUUUUGGAAAAUAAAAUUGUUUUGCCCAAAAGUGUA